UUGGUGUGAGAGCCCACAGGUGGGUAUGGCCAGGUCGGAUGAGCACCUGCGCGAGCUGCAGGGCCCUCUGCUCCCGUCCAAGGACCUGGAGGAGGAAGACGAUGACUUUCUACGGGAGGACGCGCAGGAGGACGAGGACGCAGGGUUUGUGGACGCCGAGGAGCUCUGCAGCGGGGGCCUGAAGGCUGGUAGCCUGCCUGGGCGCCUCCAUGUUGUAAUUCCUGAUGAAAACACUCAAGAGAAAUGUAAAGUAUUUGGACGCUUUCCAAUUACGGGCCCUUGGUGGCGAGUGAAGGUGCAGGUGAAGCCUGUUAAAUCAAGGAACUAUCAAGCUCAGGGAUUUCCAUCUUACUUUUUACAGACUGACAUGUCACCACCAAAUCAAAAACACAUCUGUUCCCUUUUUCUUAAAGAGUGCCAAGCCUCCAGGGAUGAGAUAGAUAAGUUUCUGAACUGGGUAAAUAAAGAAUCAAAUUAUGAACACCUAAACUUCAAAAAUCUUAGGGAAAAACUAAGAACUUUCCAAAGGGAAAUUGGAAGGAAAAAUAAAAAAAAGUUUGUACAGAAUGAACAAGAAGAGUCAUUGCCAGAUUGUGAGAUGAGUCUUCCUGUGGAAAAUGCAGAUCACUUUAUAUAUGUAAUGACAGCUUUGCAGUUUCCAAAAAUAAUGGAAUUCCUUCCAGUUCUUCUGCCUCGUCAUUUUAAACAGCUCAUAAGCUCACGUUCUGACGAAGUGUUGGCCAAGAUAGAAGAUAUUUUAGGUACACAUCCGUGGAAGCUUGGAUUUAGUAAAGUAACCUACAGAGAACUGAGACUUCUGCAAUGUGAGGCAAGUUGGAUGGCGUUUUGUCAGUGUAAGCCUCUUCUCCAGUUGAUGACUGAUUUGGAGAAGAAUGCAUUGAUAAUAUAUUCUAAGCUGAAGCAGAUAUGUCGAGAGCAUGGGCACACAUGUGUUGAAGAAGCUGACUUGACUUUGGAAUUGUCAGAGCACAUGUCUUUCCAUGAUGUUUGGCAGUCUCUGAAGUUUUUGAAGGAUAUUCAUGUGGUGACCUAUGAGAAGGGCUGUGUCUUUCUUUAUGACCUUUACCAGGCCGAAAGGGGCAUUGCCUCUUCAGUAUGCGACCUGAUGGAGAGACCCCCAUGGCAUUUACGUGUCGACGUCAAGAAGGUGCUUGCAUCUAUUCACAACACGAAGUCUGAGGACUCAAGCAGUGAAGAUGCAGUGAAGGGAAGCAAACCUGAUGACACAAGACUAGAAAGUUCUGUGGAUGUGCUCGAUACACAGGACAGUGAGGACCUUAUUGGGAAUAAUGGUGAAGAUGAAACUAAUGCAGACAUAAGUGAUGUUCGUCUGGAUCAGGAUCAGGUGGCUGCUUUGGAAAUGAUUUGCUCCAAAGCUGUGACAGUCAUAAGUGGAAAAGGUGGCUGUGGGAAGACCACAAUUGUCAGCCGUCUUUUUAAGUAUAUAGAGCAGUUGGAAGAAAGAGAAAUAAAAAAUGCUUGUGAAGAUUUUGAGCAAGAUCAGGAUGUCCCAGAAGAGUGGAUUACGUUUACUAAGGAAAGUCAGCGAGAGGCAGACAAGGCUAUAGAAGUUUUGCUCACAGCACCUACAGGAAAAGCAACUGGCUUACUCAGACAGAAAACUGGUCUUCCUGCUUAUACCCUGUAUCAGGUCAAUUAUAGCUUCUAUUUAUGGGACAAAAAGAUUGUGUCCAAGAAUGAGCCAUGGAAGUUUUCUUCUGUUAGAGUUCUUGUUGUGGAUGAAGGGAGUUUGGUAUCUGUAGGAAUCUUCAAAUCAGUUUUGAAAUUAUUGUGUGAGCACUCCAAACUUGCCAAGCUUAUAAUCCUUGGUGAUAUUAGACAGUUACCCAGUAUUGAACCUGGUAACUUGCUGAAAGAUCUUUUUGAGACUCUUAAGUCAAGACAUUGUGCUAUUGAGCUAAAAACAAACCACAGAGCAGAAUCUCAGCUAAUUGUGGAUAAUGCUACAAGAAUCUCAAGGCGCCAGUUUCCAAAUUUUGAUGCAGAAGUAAAUAUUACUGAUAAUCCAGCAGUCCCCAUCUCAAUUCAAGACAAGACAUUUAUUUUUGUCAAACUCCCAGAAGAAGAUGGCAGUUCUCAGUUAUCUAAAAAUAACCAUCAUUCUCAUUUAUAUUCUGCAGUUAGAACCUUAUUGCAAGAAAGUGACUUUAAAAGUGCACAGACAUCGCAAUUUAUUGCAUUUAGAAGGCAGGACUGUGACCUUGUCAACGACUGCUGCUGCAAGCACUACACUGGCCACCUGAUCAAAGACCAUCAAAACAGACUCAUAUUUGGAGUUGGUGAUAAAAUUUGUUGUACCAGGAAUGCAUAUCUCUCAGACUUACUCCCAGAAGAUACCUCUGAAAGUCAACAAAAUAGUGAUUUGGAGCCCAAGGGUGAAGAAUUGUGUGGUACUCCUCAUGGUGCUAAAAAUAAGAAUGACUUUGACAGUGGUAUUCGGCUAUGUAAUGGAGAAAUAUUUUUCAUAACAAAUGAUGUAACUGAUGUGACUUGGGGGAAGAGGAGAUUUUUAACCAUUAAUAAUAUGGCUGGCUUGGAAGUAACUGUGGAUUUUAAAAAAUUAAUGAAAUAUUGUCACAUAAAACAUGCAUGGGCAAGAACUAUUCACACUUUUCAGGGGUCCGAGGAGCACACUGUUGUGUAUGUAGUGGGGAAGGCGGGCCGUCAGCACUGGCAGCAUGUCUACACCGCGGUGACCAGGGGCCGUUGCCGAGUGUACGUCAUCGCAGAAGAGUCCCAGCUCCAGGGUGCCAUCAGGAGAAACAAUGUUGUCAGGAAAACACGUUUGAAACAUUUCUUGCAAAAUGAGCUCUCCAGUAGCCCUGAGACUCCACCAGGUUCUCCACCCCAUCGGAAGAGCUCUGGAGAUCAGGGAAGUUGCAAGACCCAGCCGGCAGCAUCUCGCCUCCCUCUGCACAGGGCCAAUGUGGAGACAAGCGAUAUCACCAGGAGCAGGGCCUCUUUGGCUGACUACAAGAUGUUUGCCUUUGAUGAAAGAAGAGAAUUGCCUUCAUCUGAGGAAGCAGAUACAGAUGAGCAUUUAUUGCAGUCACGGGGAUCCAAAAGAAGCUGUGGUGUAAAUGGUGAUGAAAGCCCAAGCAAAGUUCUUAUGGUGGAUCAGUCAUCUCCACAAGUGUCUUCCAGACUUCAGAAUUUGAAACUAAAUAAUUUAAACCCUAGGCAACUUUUCAAACCCAGAGAUAAUCAAGAAACAUAAUUUCUACUUCAGAUUGCUCAAAAUAAUUUUCCAUUCAAGACAAAAGUGAACAUUAUGAUUUCAAAGUUUCAAGAUAAAAGAGGAUGCCUAUGCUGGAGUUUUGUCUUAAGGCAUUUGUAUUAGAUAUUUUAAAUGCAUUUGAUCAAAGAAAAUCUUAAUGAUUUCAACAUCUGUUAUCAUGAGACCUGACACAAGUUAGAGAUGUUAUAACUGUAUUUUUUAAAGUAUUGAUUUUUUAGAGUUAUUAAUGCCUUUUAACUUCAGUGAUCACUGUAGGUUGUCUUUGCCAGUGAGUGGAAGUAAGGGCAAAGAUGAACUGUAAUUGCCUCUGUUGACAGUGUUGGGGCACCUUCCAGUACAUGCCUUCUGUAAAGUGGCCAUUUUACAAGGCUGCCGCUCAAGUCCAUCACUGCUGCCCAGGCCCAGCACUCCUGGGACUUCAUCUCUGAACAUGGCCUUGUUUUCAGUAUAUCCCACUUUGGGAAGAUUCCUCUAGGAGUGAUUUGAUUUUUAAAUGUGUAUUUAUUGUUAAUUGGUGUUAUGGCUUGAAUGUGUCUCCCAGAGUUCACAGAUUGAAAACUUAAUCCCCAUUACAGUCAUGUUGGGUGGUGGAGCCUAAUAGGAGAUAAAUUAGGUCACGAGGGCUUUGCUCUCAAGAGUGGGUUAAUGCUGUUAUUGCACAAGUAGGGUAGUUUUUGUGGAGUCGGUUCCUGACAGAGACAAGCAGCUUUGGCGCCUCUUGCCAACUCACAAACCUUGAACCUUCCCCUUUCUGCCAUGUGAUGAAGCAGCAAGAAGGCCCUUGUCAGUGUCAGCACCCUGACACUGGACUUCCAGCCUCCAGAAGUCUGAGACACAAAUUUAUUUUCUUUUAAUUUACCUAGAAUGUGAUACUCCAUUAUGACAACACAACAAAUGAGAAAAGUUUAGAGGGGUGAGCAUUGGGAUGCAGUGAGUUAAGACACCAUUUGGGAUACCCACAUGCCGUCUGGUAGUGCCUAGUUCAAGUCCAACCCAAUUUCCUGCUGUGGUGCCUGUAAGGCAGUAGGUCAUGGCCCAUGUCCUCAGGUUCCUGUCCCCUCCAUGGAAGACCUGGAUGGAGUUCUUGACUCCUGGCUUCUGCCUGGCCCAGCCCUGGCUGUAACAGGCAUUUGGGAUGUAAACUCUCAGAUGGAAUCUCUUAGUGUGUGUGUGUCUCUCUCUGUCACUCUGCCUUUUGAAUAAAUAAAUACAUAUUUUAAAAAGAAACAGAAAAAAUGGACCUGUUACCCUAGUAUUUUAUAUUAGCUUUAUUGAGAUAUAAUUCACAUAUAAUUUAUUCAAAAUGUCUAACCCAAUGGCUUUUUAGUAUAUUCAGAGUUGUGCAGCCUUCAUCAUAAUCAAUUUUAGAGUAUUUUCAUAUCCCCAAGAAACCUGCAUCCUUUAACCAUAACCCCCUGAUGCCCACCAACUGUAGACAAGCUAAUUUUUUUUUACAUAGAUUGAACUGUUCUGGACAUUCCUGUAAAUGGAAUCCACAACAUGUGGUUCUUUGUUACUGAUUUGAGUAGUAUGUUUCCAGAGUUCAUUCAUAUUAUAUCAAUAUUAUUUCAGUGCUUCUAUUUUUUUUCUUUUCUUUUUUUUUUUUUUUUCCUAAUAGUAUUCCAUUGUAUGAAUCUCACACAUAGAAUUUACCUGUUAAUUAAUGGAUGGACAUUUGGGUUGUUUCUACUUUUUGGCUAUUAUGACUAAGGAAUGCUGCUCUGAACAUCCAUGUUUAAGUUUUUGUGUGAACAUAUGCUUUAAUUUAUUCUGGGUGUAUAACUAGGAGUGGAAUUGCUGUGUCAUAUGUUUAACCUUUUGAGGAACUGCCAGAUGAUUUUCCAAAUCCGCUGUUCCAAUUUAUGUUCUUACUGGUAUUGUAUGAUGGCUCCAGCUUCUCCAUGUUCUUCUCAGUAAUUAUUAUUGACCUCUUUAAAAAUUAAUGCUAUUAUUUUUGUUGUUGUUUAUGUGAGAGGCAGAGAGACACUAACAGAGCUCCCAUCUGCUGGUCAUUCCCCCAAGUACCUGCAGGGGUCAGGGCUGAGCCAGGGCUGAAACUGGGAGCUGGAAAUGCUAUCCAGGUCACUCAUGGGUGACAGGAACCCAAUUACUUGAGCCAUCACUACUGCCUCAGAAUCUGCAUUAGCAGGCAUUUGUAGUCAGAAUCCAAUGCCAGGAAUCCAACCCAGGUACUCUGAUAUGGGAAGCUGACCUUUGAACUGCUAGGCUAAAUGCCUGCUUUUUGUUGGUGUGAAAUAAUAUUUAAUUGUGGUUUUGAUUUGCUUAUUUGCUAUGGCUGAUGAUGUUGAACAUCUUUCAUGUACUUAUUGGUCAUUUGUAUGUCCUGUUCAGACAUAUGCUUUUGCAGAUCUUUUCCCUGACUUUUAAAUUGGAUUAUUUUUCCUUUCAUUGUCAAAAUGAGGGCAUUCUUUAUAUAUCCUACAGAUAUGUCCUUUGUCAGAAAUGUGAUCUGCAAAAUCUGUUUCCCAUUGUGUGCAUUUUAUUUUGCUUUCUUGAUGGCAUCUGUCCUCCAGAGGCCCAUGUACUGAAAGCUUGAUCCCCAGGGCAGAGUUUUGGGAGGAGGCACUGCCUUUAGGAGGAGAGCCUAGCGAAGUUCCUUAGGUGGUUGCGGGUGUGCCCUCAGGAGGCAGUUUUCAUGUGAGGGUUUGUCUAAACGUGUGCGCUGAGCCCGCUGUCUCCCUGCUUCCUGGCUUGCUGUGUAAGCCUUCCUCUGCAUGUGCUCUGCCUGCCAUCCGCCAUCUUCCCCCAGGACUGAACCAGUGGGGCCGACUGAUUGUGGACUUGAACUGCCACCGCUGUGACAAAAGAAACCCAUUUUAAGUUGGUAACAACAAGCUAAUAAUACAGUGUCCUUUGAAGCACAAGUUUUGAAUUCUGAUGAUGUCCAGUAGAUCUAUUUUUGUUAUUGUUUUUGCUUGUGUCUUUUGGUGUUAAAUCGAAGAAAUCAUGAAGAUUUUUCUUC